AUGUCACGUGCUUCGACUCCUGCUGUUACCACUGCUCAUAGUGAACAAUCAUUGGGACCUAAUUUAAAGUCGCGUCUCGAGGCACUCGAAGCAGCUAUGGGUGUUCGAUUGAAUGUAGCCAAACGACAAGGACGCCAGUCAUUGUCAAAUACAGCAAGUUCGUCGCCUAUGCAAAUAUCGCCUACGUCGACAUCAUCGUCGUCCACAGCAAUGAGUACUACAACAACUACAUCACUUUCGACAUCAUCUCGGCAUAACGUUCCGACACGAUCUGGUCAAGGUGUGCAACGAUCAGCUUCUUCGUGCGACACAGAAAAUCGUCCCGGUCCAAUUAAACGUCUUAAACCUUCACUACCUGUCGAAAGCUCGUCAGCAUCAACAGCCACAGCUAUUGCUACGAUAAAAAAAUAUACCCCACCUGCUCGCCGACCCAUAUCAACAUUAAUCACUUCUAUAAGUUCAACACCGCCAAAACCUGCUCCACUAACCAAACAACGUUCAUCACCAAUGGAAUCAACUUCGCUACGUUUGUCACGUUCGUCAACAACUAAUAAUAAUACGAACUCGAAUUAUCAAACAUUGGCUAGUGCCUCAUCGAAAAUCACGCAUUCAUCUUCGUCAACAAAACAAGUUUUGGUUAAGACAGUAUCCUCAUCACCACCAUUACCAGCACGGCCUGCAACAUUUCCUCGUACACAACGCGUACCAAUAUUCGGUGAACAAUUUUCCGAUGACAUCUUGAAAACCAAUCUUCUCUGGAUUAAUUUGAGUGAACUUGAUGACGAGGGUCAUACGGAAGUUCUUAUCCAAUUCGGUUCGAUUGAAAAUUUUCUCCGCGAACAACAAUCGUUUUCUGCUAGACAACGACAAUCAAAGCUAUCAACAAGAAUAAAAACAACUCGUAAUCGACCACGACUAUCAUCUUCUUUAUCAAAAAAGGAUCGCUUAGAACUUUUGUAA